UUUGCUGUCAGAACAAGAAGGAAAUUGCGGGGUGUUGAGACAUAGAGAGAGAUAUACCCUAUUUUAGAUUUUCAGUAACUGGUAGUGACACCAGCAACCUCAUCAGCGUGGCCAGGCAUGAGAGCUGAUAUCUGAGGAUUUAAACCACCAGCGCCACAAUGGAGGUCCCUGCCAUCAUUAACAACCUCAACCUUUCAAAUGGGGACUUGGAUCCCUUGGACACCCCUCCCACCAUGUCCAUUGACAAGCUCUUCCCAGCACUCCUGGAGUGCUUUGGGAUCAUCUUGUGUGGCUAUAUUGCUGGUCGAGCGAACAUCAUCACAUCCACACAGGCCAAAGGAUUGGGGAACUUUGUGUCCAAGUUUGCCCUCCCAGCAUUGCUCUUUAAGAACAUGGUACUCUUGGACUUUGGGAAUGUCAUCUGGCCAUUUUUGUGGAGUAUUCUCAUCGCCAAGGUGUCUGUGUUUUUCAUUGUGUGUGUGAUUACACUACUGGUUGCCAGUCCUGACACUCGCUUCAGCAAAGCUGGCCUAUUCUCCAUCUUUGCUACUCAAAGCAAUGACUUUGCUUUGGGAUACCCGAUUGUUGAGGCCUUGUACAAGAACACACACCCAGAGUAUCUACAGUACAUUUACCUGGUAGCACCAGUGUCCCUCAUGCUUCUCAACCCCAUUGGGUUUGCCUUCUGUGAGAUCCAGAAGUGGAGGGAUCAGAGAGCCCGACAGCAGAGCAAACUCCAGAUAGUGGGUGUGGUCAUCCUGCAGGUUCUGAAGAACCCCAUGGUCUUCAUGGUGGUUAUUGGCAUUAUCUUCCACUUCAUCCUGGAUCAGAAGAUCCCUGCUUUCAUGGAGCAGUUUGUGGACGGCCUGGCCAACUCUUUUGGAGGAGCAGCUCUGUUCUACUUGGGCCUCUCCAUGGUGGGCCAGUUGGGGAAGCUCACCAGGUCCACGGUUGUAGCCCUUAUCCUGCUCAUCACAGCAAAACUGCUGGUGAUGCCGUUGAUCUGUCGAGAGACUGUGGAGCUGCUGGACGCUGACAACACCAGCUUUAGUCUCGAACACUCCAGUCUCUCCAACUAUGCCUUCCUCUAUGGAGUCUUCCCUAGUGCCCCCAGUGUGGCCAUCUAUGCUGCUCACUAUAACAUGGAGCUACAAGUUGUUACCUCAGGGAUGGUAAUAAGCACGUUUCUCUCAGCUCCCAUUAUGUAUGUUUCUGCUUGGUUGCUGACAAUACCAUGGAUGGACCCUAAGCCAUUGAUGGAUUCUCUGCAGAAUGUCAGCUUUAAUGCCAGCAUCAUCAGCUUAGUUGCACUGGCUUGGACAGUUACUGUCAUGUUCCUGAGUAAGAAAUUUAAGAGACUACCUCACAUGUUCACCGUCAACCUGUUCUUGGCACAGAUUCUAGCUUGUGUUAGUAUGAUCAUGUGGAACUUUGUCGUGAGACAAGACUGCUUCAUUGGACAUGUGUUGACAUUCACACUGUUGUACGGCUCACUGUACAGUACUUAUGUAUGGCCAGGUCUGAUAGCACUUUCCCUUGUGUUGAUGAAGAGAGGUGGUGAGCUGAAGGUUGCACCAGGCUUCCUGGUGAUUGCAGGCUGGGGAGUCCCAGCCCUUGUGGCAGCAGUGCUCCUCGUAACUGGGGAGAGGAUGCCCGACACCAUAGAUUCGGCUUUCUUUUAUGGAAGACCGCAGAUCAUCUGCACCUCCGUUGUGCUUGCCUUCAGCAUAGUGCUGGGCGGGUGCUCUUUGGUAGGCCUCCGUCGAGGCACGUGGGACUCAAUGUACCAUGUCCUGGAGAGAGACUCUAUGCUAGGCACUAUUGAGGAUCUGAGGCUCCCGACUGGCCCAGAUAUCCGUGACAUGUUUGAGCCAGCCGGAACUGGAAGCAUCAACAUAGGUCCAUGUGAGACUGGCUGUGAGUCGCCAGGCUGUCUACUGGCCCAGGAGGAGCAGCAGGUGGCUGACAGACAGGUGGCCCGCCAUGUGCUCUUAUGCCUGCUACUGAUCGUCAGCCUACUAGCUAACCUGUCCAGCUGUCUGUGGUGGCUCUUUAGUCGAGUUCCUGGGAGACUUUACUUAGAGCUGCAGUUCUUCUGUGCUGUGGUCAACUAUGGACAGGGCUUCAUCUCGUUCGGGCUUUUUGGGCUGGACAAACAUUUGAUAAUACUGCCAUUUAAAAAGAAGAUAUCCUGUCUGUGGCAUAGAAGGAAGCCAGAGGAGCAGCCUCAACUGGUUAUAUCUGAUGACAUCAUGAUGACCUGCACUCAGUUCAUCAGAUACCACAAAGAGCAGUGUGUCCGGGACAUUGUCCAGCAGAAGAGGUGUGGGGAGAGGACAGUGGCGGACACUUUUCUUGGCAGUGAGCUGGUAGAGUGGCUGUUGCAGGUGGGUCUGUCACAGGACCGAGGAGAGGCGCUGCUCUAUGGGAUCCGGCUGCAGCAGGGUGGGGUGCUCCAGCACAUCACCCAGGAGUAUGGCUUCAAAGAUGACAACCUGCACUACUGCUUCACAGCAUAAGGUGGGCCCUGGUUAGGCCCAGUCUCUGUUUUCGAGAGGCACAAGAUGAAAAAGAGAUCAGCUAUCUACCAGACCUGAAUCUAGGUCGCUACCUACAUAGCACUAGCAGUAUUGGUUGACUUGAAGAGUCUGUAGAUUUUUAUUUUUAUUUUUUUUAAUACUUUUGUUUUGCACAUUGAAAUAUGCAUCAUAACAAGCACUGAGCACUUGUUAGUUUUCUUUUAAACUGCCUAUUUUUUUGUGGGGGUUUUGUAUGGUACUGUAUGCAUAAUGAGAUUUAAGUUGUCAAAGAGGCAGGGGUAAUAAUGAUCAGCUCAAAUUACUGAUGUCAAAUAUCUUGCAUUAUCGUCUCAAGUUAUACAGACCAGCUUGUAUCCCCUUGAUGACACUCCUAUACCAUAAGGCUCAGAUUUUUAUAUAUUUAGUUUGGAUGACAAGAAUGGUAUUUGUCAGGUAUUGAAAAUGCAAGUCUGCAAUGGGCAUCUCGAGUGGUGCAGAGUUCCAAUGCACUGCAUCACAGUGCUAGAGGCGUCACUACAGACCCGGGUUCGAUCCCGGGCUCUAUCAUAACCGGCUGUGAUCGGGAGUCCCAUAGGGUGGCGCACAAUUGGCCCAGCGUUGUCCGGGUUAGGGGAGGGUUUGGCCGGGGGGGCUUUACAAGUAGGCCGUCAUUAUAAAUAAUUUGUUCUUCACUGACUUGUCUAGUUAAAUAAAAAAAUAAAAUGCAUGUUGCUGUGUAUUCUAAAUACACUUCAUUUGGCCAUAAUUUAUAACUUAAAAUAGAUAUGGCAGAUAGAUCUAUUUUUAAUAUAUUUGAAUAAUGUAGACAGAAUGGUGUCAUUUUAUGGAUGCAGAAUUUUAUUGUUUGAAUUCUCUGUCCGUUAGUACAUUGUUAGUCACACGCGAUAUCUCGGACACCAUUGGGUGAUUUUGACGAAACUUGGAUGGAUGAUGUAUCUUGCUAUAGAGACCUGACAUUUAAAAAAUUACACUAAUUGGCCCAAAGGGGGCGCUGUAAUGAUCAACUGAGAACUUUGAACAAGCAUAUCUCCUGUCCCAUAAUUUUGUACAUGCAGUGCCUUCAGAAAGUAUUCAGACCCCUUGAUUUUUUUCCUCCCCACAUUUUGUUAAGUUACAGCCUUAUUCUAAAAUGAAUUAAAUAAAACAAUUUCCUCAGCAAUCUACACACAGUACCCCAUAAUGACGAAGCGAAAACAGUUUUAUUUAUUUUUUAUUUUAUGUAUUAAAAUUAAACAUAAAUACCUUAUUUACAUAAGUAUUUAGACCCUCUGCUAUCAGAUUCGAAAUUGAGCUCAGAUGCAUCCUGUUUCCAUUGUUCAUCCUUGAGAUGCUUCUACAACUUGAUCGGAGUCCACCUGUGGUAAAUUCAAUUGAUUGGACAUGAUUUGGAAAUACACACCUGUCUAUAUAAGGUCCCACAGUUGACAGUGCAUGUCAGAGCCAAAACCAAGUCAUGAGAUUGAAGGAAUUGUCCAUAGAGCUCCAAGGCAGGAUUGUGUCGAGGCACAGAUCUGGGGAAGAGUACCAAAAAAUGUAUGCAGCAUUGAAGGUCCCUAAGAACACCUCCAUUCUUAAAUGGAAAAGUUUGGAACUACAAAGGCACUUCCUAUAGCUGGCCGUCCGGCCAAACUGAGCGAUGGGGGAAAAGGGCCUUGGUCAGGGAGGUGACCAAGAACUCGAUGGUCACUCUGACAGAGCUCCAGAGUUCCUCUGUAGAGAUGGGAGAACCUUCCAGAAGGACAACCGUCUCUGCAGCACUCCAAUCAGGCCUUAAUGGUAGAGUGGCCAGACGGAAGCCACUCCUCAGUAAAAGGCACAUGACAGACCGCUUGGAGUUUGCCAAAAGGCACCGGAAGGACUCUCAGACCAUGAGAAACAAGAUUCUCUGGUCUGAUGAAACCAUGAUUGAACUAUUUAGCCUGAAUGCCAAGCGUCACAUCUGGAAGAAACCUGCCAUCAUCCCUACUGUGAAGCAUGGUGGUGGCAGCAUCAUGCUGUGGGGAUGUUUUCAGUGGCAGGGACUGGGAGACUAGUCAGGAUUGAGGCAAAGAUGAACGGAGCAAAGUACAGAGAUCCUUGAUGAAAACCUGCUCCAGGACCACAGACUGGGGUGAAGGUUCACCUUCCAACAGGACAAAGACCCUAAGCACACAGCCAAGACAAUGCAGGAGUGGCUUUGGGACAAGUCUCUGAAUGUCCUUGAGUGGCCCAGCCAGAGCUCCAACUUGAACCAGAUCGAACAUCUCUGGAGAGACCUGAAAAUAGCUGUACUGCAACGCUCCCCAUCCAACCUGACAGAGCUUGAGAGGAACUGCAGAGAAGAAUGGGAGAAACUCUCCAAAUACAGGUGUGCCAAGCUUGUAGUGUCAUACCCAAAAAUACUUUAGGCUGUCAUCGCUGCCAUAGGUGCUUCAACAAAGUAUUGAGUAAAGGGUCUAAAUACUUAUGUAAAUUAUAUUUAAGGUUUUUUAUUUUUAAUAAGUUAGCAAACAUUUCUAAACAGCUUUUUCUUUGUCGUGGGGUAUUGACUGUAGAUUGAUUUGAGGUGGAAAUAACUAUUUCAUAAAUUUUAGAAUAAGGCUGUAACAUAACAAAAUGUGGAUAAAGUCAAGGGGUCUGAAUACUUUCUGAAAGCACUGUUGUAUAUGCAGCCCCUCAUGAGCAACAUGUUUCCCAUAAGGACCUAAACUCAGCAAAAAAAGAAACGUCCUCUCACUGUCAACUGUGUUUUAUUUUCAGCAAACUUAACGUGUAAAUAUUUGUAUGAACAUAACAAGAUUCAAAAACUGAGACAUAAAAUGAAAAGGUUCCAGACAUUUGACUAACAGAAAUGGAAUAAUGUGCUCAAUGGGAUUGAUUGCCUGCAAUGACAACAUGAUGCUAUGACGGACCCUCCACCUCCAAAUCGAUCCCGCUCCAGAGUGCAGGCCUCGCUGUAACGCUCAUUCCUUCGAUGAUAAACGCGAAUCCGACCAUCACCCCUGGUGAGACAAAACCGCGACUCGUCAGUGAAGAGCACUUUUUGCCAGUCCUGUCUGGUCCAGCUACGUUGUUGCUGGCGAUGUCUGGUGAGGACCUGCCUUACAACAGGCCUACAAGCCCUCAAUUCAGCCUAUUGCGGACAGUCUGAGCACUGAUGGAGCGAUUGUGCAUUCCUGGUGUAACUCGGGCAGUUGCUGCCAUCCUGUACGUGUCUUGCAGGUGUGAUGUUCGACUGUAACGAUCCUGUGCAUGUGUUGUUACACAGGGUCUGCCACCUCGAGGAUGAUCAGCUGUCUGUUCUGUUUCCAUGUAGAGCUGUCUUAGGUGUCUCACAGUACAGACAUUGCAAUUUAUUGCCCUGGCCACAUCUGCAGUCCUCAUGCCUCCUUGCAGCAUGCCUAAGGCACAUUCGCGCAGAUGUGCAGGGACCCUGGGCAUCUUUAUUUUGGUGUUUUUCAGAGUCAGUAGAAAGGCCUCUUUAGUGUCCUAAGUGUUCAUAACUGUGACCUUAAUUGCCUACCGUCUGUAAGCUGUUAGUGUCUUAAUGACCGUUCCACAGGUGCAUGUUCAUUAAUUGUUUAUGGUUCAUUGAACAAGCAUGGGAAACAGUGUUUAAACCCUUUACAAUGAACAUCUGUGAAGUUAUUUGGAUUUUUACGAAUUAUCUUUGAAAGACCGGGCCUGAAAAAGGGACAUUUUAUUUUUUUGCUGAGUUUAUAAGCUCCGCCCAUUCAAUAUUUUUUUAAAUUUCUGCAUCAUUCAUGGGGGACAACAUGUUUACUGAUGCCUUGUUAACUUAUUUUAAUGAUUCGUGGCUAAAAAAUAUAUAUUUUUUUUAAAUACACAACUAUAAUUCCCAUUUGUUUUGGUUUUAGGUUUGUGGAAAGAGCGUACAAUACAGACUGUGCCAGAUGAAAUGCAAUAUUCUUUAUUAUUGGAGUUAUUUUGGAGUCAUUUUACUUUUUCCUUAAUGGGAUUGUGCUUAUUACUGUUGCUAAUAAGGUAAUUGAGCCAUGUAUUCACCUUGUUUGGCAUUAUGAAUGUUUGAAUGUUUUUCAUGUCACUUGACUAAAAGAGAAUGUACGGUAUCAUGCACUUUGAAGCUAACUAAUGCUGCAUGUUCUUCUAUGAUUCCCAGACUGUUGUUUUAAACAAAAUAAACUGCUGUAUUGUA